AUGGAGCAGGUCUUGAGCCAGUUCGAUGAUGCUGCCAAGCGAUUGGAGGGCCUCUAUCAUCAAGUUCUUGAGAGCAUGGAGCAGUGGCGGAAGCAGCACAAGAUCCUCAUCGAUUUUUCUCGGGAGGUGGUGACGCAGAUGUCAUGCGACGGCACUGGAGCGCCAGCAUCGCUUGUACCGGCGGUACCGGCGGGCCCUGGCCCAGCACGGGAGCGCGAGCGCAUCGAUUCAGAUGCUACACAGCCGGCCUGUGACGACGCUGCAGAGGACGCUGACGAGGACUAUGAUGCUGACCCCGUGGAGGUGGAAAUCUCAAAGAAGGUCUUGGCUGAAGACAUGCCCGACCAGCCAAGUAUCGGGUCCGAAGAACACACACAGCCAGCAGAGAACACUCAGGCGUCCCAGGCACGGCUCUUGUUGCCUGAGAACAGAGACCGUCUUGGCAAACGCUUUGCACAUUACCAGAUGCACGUAUUGUGCCAGAAGAUUUCGGAGUACGAUGCAGCAGGCUUUGACCUUGGAAGAACAGUCGAAGAGCUCAAAGCUGAUAUUUUUGCUGACCUUGAGAGAAUCCCAGACACUGAAUGGGCGAGUAGCUCAAGGGAAAACGUAAGACCAACUGCUGAGACCAAAAGUCUUCAAAAGACCUUGGGCCUUGUCACGCACGCUCAUUAUCGAGGAAUUCCCAUGCCAAGCAAAGACACCUACCAUUUUCGCAGCUUGACAAGAAAGAUUUUGACACUCGGCCAGCGACUGGCAGAGAAUGCAGGGAUGGAUUUCACGGCAACCUCAAUCCAAUUGAACAAGGAUUUGAGGUCCAAACCCCACAGGGACAAGAACAACAAGGGCCCUAGCUUGAUUGUUGGUCUUGGGACAUGGAAAGGAGGAGAGACCUUCGUUCAAGACGAGGACGGGCCAGACAGCUACACACUAGAGGAAGACAUUCCACACAUCGGGGAGCGGGGCCGCGUCUUGCGCGGCAGAAAACAUGACAUACAUCAGCUGCGUCAAUUUGAUGGCAACAAAGUCCACUGUACGAUUGCCUUUGAGGGGCGACGUUAUGCUCUGGUAUUUUACUCAAUUGGCAGAUCUUAUGAGCAGACUCCGGGAUUAGCUCGUGUAUUCCUACAAAAGCUGGGAUUUCCACUGCCGCCUGCUGACUUUGCAGCCCCAGCCCGGCCAGAGUUCGACCAGCUGGCCUGGUCGGCUGUUGAGGGAAAGGCAGUGGAAGACCAGCCUGGUCGCCAUGUUCCUCCCUGUGGGCGGUUGCAGCCGCCGUCCGCACCGGAGCCACCUAACAAGCGUCCUCGUGUCGAGUUUACUGAAAAAGAUGAUCAAGCCCUAAAGCGCCUCAAAGAGGACAAGGCUUCGCGGCCCAACUGGAUGGUCGUCGCAAGUAAAUUCGACGGACGCUUCAGUGUUGACGAAUUAAAAACCAGGAUGUCCUGGUGCCUAAGUGACUUUCGCCUCGCGGGACGAUGGCUUUGGACCGAGCGGCGCCGAGCGGGACGUGCUGCGGUGUGCGGCUUUCAGCUGCGCCAGCGCAGGGACCCUUCCGUCACGGCCAGGAUUGUGGUGACCUUUCCAAGACCUUUCAGUGACCUCAGCGGCUGGGAUGUCCUUGGACUCGUCGUACGAGAAGAAGUGGCUUCAGCACUCAAUAGCGGAGUGGUCACCCACGCGUCUCGCCCGCAACGCGCGGUCUGCAGUGUGCGCUCCAGGCGGAACCCGCUAGCGGAGCGUUCCGUUCACCUCAUGCCGCACUUCACCAUGGAGCAGGUGAGGAGCCUCAUGGAUCAGACGGAGAAGAUCCGGUCCUUGAGUAUCAUCGCGCACGUGGAUCACGGAAAGACCACCUUGGCCGAUUCCCUGGUCUCGCGCGCGGGGAUCAUUUCCGCCAAGGCUGCCGGAGAAGCGCGCUUCACGCAUGGACGAAAGGAUGAGCAGGAACGUGGAGUCACCAUCAAGAGUACGGGCGUGACCUUGUGCUUUGAACACGAUUCAGAUGGGCAUCCACAACCUUACCUUGUGAACCUCAUAGAUUCACCAGGACACGUCGACUUCUCUUCUGAGGUCACUGCCGCACUCCGAAUUACCGAUGGUGCGAUUGUGGUGGUGGAUUGCAUCGAAGGUUGUGCUGUGCAGACGGAAACGGUGCUGCGACAAGCGCUACAAGAGCGCGUGAAGCCUUGCCUCUUCGUGAACAAGGUUGAUCGUUGCAUCCUCGAAAUGCAAAUGGAUGCAGAAGACAUGUAUCUUCGUUUCCGAACAGCCAUUGAGAAUGUGAAUGUGAUUAUCGCCACCUACAAUGACGCCUCUAUGGGUGACUUGCAGGUGCGGCCUGAGGCUGGAAACGUGGCUUUUGGCAGCGGACUUCAUGGAUGGGGAUUUGGGGUCGAACACUUUGCCAAGAUGUUAUCAGCCAAGACAGGUGGCAACAAGUCACGUAUGAUGGAGAAGUUGUGGGGAGAUUGGUUCUAUCAUCCGAAGAAGAAGGUUUGGACCAAUGUCCAGCAUCCUGAGGAUUGUGAGGAACCCUUGCAAAGAGGGUUCUGCCAGUACAUCAUGAACCCCAUCAACCAGCUGAUUCAUGCCAUCGUGGACAAGGACUCAGAACGCUAUGAGAAGAUGAUGGAGAGGCUUGGGAUUGUCUUGAAGGGGGAAGAGAAGACGCUCACAGGCAAGCAGCUCAUGAAGCACGUAAUGCAGAACUGGAUCAAUGCUGGCGACUGUUUGGUCUCCAUGAUUGUCAAUCUACCGUCACCCAAGGUGGCGCAACGUUAUCGUGUUGAGAACCUCUACGAUGGUCCUAUGGAUGAUGACGCUGCCAUGGGCAUUCGCGACUGCAACCCACAGGGCCCCUUGAUGAUGUACGUCUCCAAAAUGGUGCCUUGUAACAAGAGUCGCUUCUUUGCCUUUGGCAGAGUCUUCUCCGGCACUGUGGCCACUGGACAAAAGGUUCGCAUCCAAGGGCCACACUAUAAGCCUGGAACCAAAGAAGACCUGCACGUCAAGGACGUGCCCUGCGGCAACACUGUAGCUCUGGCCGGAGUUGAUCAGUAUAUCUUAAAGUCUGGCACGAUCACCACCUUGGAGGAUGCUCAUAACUUCACCGACAUGAAGUACAGUGUGUCUCCUGUGGUGAAGGUUGCAGUGAAGCCAAAGGACGGCAAAGACUUGCCAAAGCUGGUCGAAGGGAUGAAGAAGUUGUCCCAAUCUGAUCAGCUUGUCAUUUGCUCCGUGGAAGAAAGUGGAGAACAUGUGAUUGCUGGAUGCGGUGAGCUACAUGUGGAAAUUUGCUUGAAAGAUUUGAGGGAGGAGUUCGCGCAAUGCGACUUCACCGUCUCUGAUCCAGUUGUUUCCUAUCGUGAGACAGUCACUGAGACAUCCAGCCAGACUUGCUUGGCGAAGUCGGCCAACAAACACAACCGCCUCUACUUCACCGCUGAGCCCUUAAGUUCUGAGCUGAUUCAGGCCAUUGAAGAGGGCUCCCUUGGGCCAGCUGAUCCUAAGGAGGCUACAAAGCUCUUGAGCAGCAAGUUUGGAUGGGACAAGCAGGUCGCCCAAAAGAUUUGGUGCUAUGGUCCAGACUGCGAUGGCCCCAACAUGGUGGUGGAUUCCACCAUCGGUGCCCAGUACUUGCAGGAUAUCAAGGAUUCCGUGGGAAGUGCCUUCCAGUGGGCCACCAAACAAGGUCCAUUGUGUGAGGAGAACAUGCGAGGCAUUCGUUUCAACCUCACGGAGGUGCUCUUGCAUCCAGACAAGGUGCAUCGAGGAGGCGGUCAAGUCAUGCCGGCCGUGAGGCGGUGCUGCUUCGCAUCAGAGCUCACAGCGAAGCCAACUCUGCAGGAACCAAUCUUCUUGGUUGAGAUCUCAUGCCCCAAGGAUGCCUUGAGUGGAAUCUACAACUGCCUGAACCUACGCCGAGGCUGCGUCUUUGAGGAGAAUCAACGUGAGGGAACUCCAUUGGUACAGGUGAAAGCACACUUGCCGGUGUCAGAGUCCUUUGGCUUCGUUGCUUCACUGAGACAGGCAACAAGUGGUCAAGCGUUCCCUCAGUGUGUCUUCGAUCACUGGGAAAGUCUUCCGGGCAACUGCUUGGAGAAGGGCAGCAAGAUGGAGGAGUUGGUGCUCAGCAUCAGGAAGCGCAAGAACUUAAAGCUCCAAAUGCCUCUUUUGAGUGACUACUUGGACAAGCUCUAAGCCUUUGGGGAGAUGGCAACGCCAAGACAACGCAAAGCUCACGGUUUGUUGGUGACAUGACUUCUCAGGCAGCCACACAUGCCUUUAUGAUCCACGUAUGUCAGGGCACUAGUGUAUUGCUUCUCUUGGUGCCAAACUUUGUUUUCAGUGCUGCCUUGGGAGGUUCAUCUAAUUCACUUACACUGUACAGAUGGGCCAUUUGUGGCUUGAUCAUGGCGUUGUACAGUGAAAUGCCAUAGAACUGCCCCAGACAUCCAAAACCGGUCACACAACGUGGAUGUUCCAUCACUGAAACUUUUUCACAUCGCUUGGCUCGGGACUGCCAUGAGGUUACGUACAUGAACGCCCCCAUCAAGAGCCCGAGUCAUUUUGACAGCAGGGGGGGUCGAAUGGGAUGGUAGAGGAAGACCACGUGUUUAUGUGAUGUUUCUAUCGAAGGAAGAUGCAGAAA